AACAUUAACAUAUCCUGCUAUAGGUACUGGUAGUAACGAACGACAGGUGUUCAUUUAAUAUUUACGAUUGAUCGAUGUUGAAUGAAGGUGCAGAUGCCAUUGAUGAACUCAGCACGACAAGGACACAAAGAUACGAUGUUUUUCUUUCUUUUUGUGGGGAAGACAGUGGCUCCACCUUCACCGGUAAUAUCUAUAAUGCUUUGCGCCAGAAGAGAAUCAAGACCUUCUUCCAACCUGAAAAUGAUGAUGGCGAGCCGACUUCACUUUCUGUUGACAAAGCAAUUCAAGAAUCAAGGCUCAUAAUUGUUGUUUUCUCCGAACACUAUGCAGUCUCUGCAUCGUGUCUCAAUGAACUUGUCAAGAUUGUUGACGUUAUGAUAAUGAACAAUCAGCUGGUUUGGCCCGUCUAUUACGGCGUGGAAGCCCCGGAAAUAAGGCAUCAGCGAGGUAGGUAUGGUGAAGCCAUGGCUAAGUUUGAAGAAAGAUAUGAAUUUGAGAGGGUGCAAAAAUGGAGGAACGCUUUGUUCAAAGUCUCCGGGUCAAAAGGAUGGGCUUACUACCAAGAUGUGUAUGAAUAUAAGUUCAUUCAAGAAAUUGUGGAAUCAGCCGUCCAAUCGUUAUCACGCUUUGAUAUUUUUCUUAGUUUUAGUGGGGAAGAUACACGAUAUUCCUUUACAGGAUUUCUCUAUCAUGCUUUGCGCCGAGAGGGGUUCAAAACCUUUAUGGAUGAUGAGGGACUGGUGGGUGGAAAUGAAAUUGCAAAAUCUCUUCUUGAUGCAAUUGAAAAAUCAAGGCUUUCCAUUAUUGUUUUUUCUGAGAAUUAUGGAUAUUCCUCAUGGUGUCUUGAUGAACUCGUGAAAAUUGUUGAAUGCAUGGAGACUAAGAAACAAUUGGUUUGGCCCAUAUUUUACAAAGUUGAAAAGUCGGAUGUAACCAGUCAAGAAAAUAGUUAUGAGCAUGCCAUGAUUGGACAUGAAAAGAAUUAUGGAAAGGACUCAGAUGAAGUGAAAAAAUGGAGGUCAGCUUUAUCUGCAAUGGCCAAAUUGGAAGGACAUAAUGUCAAAGAAAAUAAGUACGAAUAUGAAUUCAUAAAAAAGAUUGUAGAAAAGGCCAUUGCUAUUGAAAAUCACAUGUGAUACCAAGUCCUUGCUCGAAUGACAACUAGAAGCUUGUACCAAAAAAAAAAGAAUGACAACUAGAAGGAAGACUUGAGUUUUUCUUUCAUUAAAAGUGCCUUCGAAGCAUGGAGCCAACAAGUGGUGAUUAAUUUUACAAGCAAUUACCGUAUUAUUAGAAAUGAAUAGCAAUUGUGAACUAAUAGGGAAGACCUCCGGUUCGAUCAUGGUUAAACCAAUAAAUUGUGAACUAGUAUUUUUACCGGUUUAAUGAUUGGUUUGGUUUUUUAAACA